GUGGUCCCGCUUGCGCAAGAUCAAUUAUGACUCGGCUAACGCGAGAAGCUCCGGCCCGGGCCAACAUCGAGCUGGGCGACGUAACGCACCACAACCUGAAGCAGCUGAAGAAGAUCAACACGGUCGUGCUGCCGGUAUCGUACAACGAUAAAUUCUACCUGGACGUGCUCGAAUCGGGCGAGCUGGCGAAGCUGGCCUACUACAACGAUGUCGUCGUCGGUGCCGUCUGCUCCCGUAUUGAUACGUCGGAAAACAUGCGCCGGUUGUACAUUAUGACGCUCGGCUGUCUCUAUCCAUACCGGCGGCUCGGCAUCGGUACGGUGAUGGUACAGCACAUCCUGAACUGUGUCGAACGGGACGGUAACUUCGACAGCAUAUUCCUGCACGUCAAGGUGGACAACAAGGGUGCGAUCGAGUUUUACAAACGGUUCGGGUUCGAAAUCGUGGAAACGAAACAGCACUACUACAAGCGGAUCGAACCGGCCGAUGCGCACGUGCUGCAGAAAACGCUUACGAAGAAGGCGGCGGUUGCGGCCGCCGCAGCGAACAGUAAUCCCGCGCACCAUCAUCACAGUUCCGAAGCGGAGGAACAUCACCGUCAGCACGAGGUUGCUAAUGGAGGCGAGAGUCAUGAGGCUCCGGCCGGUGCUGCCCCGGCCAACGUUAACAAUCAUUCGAGCAUUCAAAAUUCGACCUCACAGCAAACGCCACAGGCAGCGGAAAAGAACCGAUAA